AAAAUAGGAUGAGCCCAGACAGGGAGACAUUUUCGUUUUCAUCGCGUCUUGUCUCCGUGAAAUUUCAGUCCGUAAUUAUAAAUGAAAUGAUCACCGGUAGACGGUAGCCGUCGUGAAUAGAGAAAUACGAGAAAAAGUAAAUGAAAGAAAAGGUAAGGAGAUAGGGGAACGGCAUGCGACGAGGAGACCCCCAGCUUCAGGACUGGGACUAGGGGUGCGGUGCAGCUAUGCUAGGCCGGUAGUGGACGUUUCCGUUUUGUACUACACGGAGACGAACCGACGUCGCCGGUGUACCGACGACGUACGGUACGUUCAUUGAUAAGCGCGUACUCGGUUGGGGCGCGGGGUGUUCCUCGAAUAGAACGUGACGUCACCAUCAGCGCCUGAUAGCGCCGACGCCGAGGUGAGCGAAAUGCGCGAGUGUUGCCGUCCGUGAUUUCGGGGAUUCGGGCGUCGUGGGGGUGGUUUUCGAGGGAAAAAAAUAUUACGGUUGCUUCGGGGCAGCGAACGCGGUCCUCGCUGGUCGGGGAUCGUCAAGGUGACCUUGAAAAUUUAUUAUUUACGUAAGGAAGAUACGUAAGUGCAAUUAUUAUUCCGCUGGUUAUGACGGAAGGUUGCAGAUAUCGGAGAUUGUUGGGUAUAUUGAUUGGUCUUUUGUGUGAAAGCUACUACACCCCCUGUACGGUAUAGCUCUCCGUAGGAGCGGAGCGCGUCAUCGAUCCGCGAGUGACCCAUAUCCGUUGCCACUUCUCCCACCCCCGACCCCGACCCCCACCCUGUUCGUCUUUUCCCUCCCUGUACCUCUCGCAGCAGCCCUGCCUGCUACCAACGAACAGAUCUUAGCGGGUUCGGGAUGAUAAUCCAGUGAAACUCACUCCGCUACGAACUCCACCUGCAGCAGCAGCCCUGGCCUGCCAAAAUCCCUUCAAUUCGGUCAUCUGCUGCGGUGUUGGAGGUGGAGGGGCAUCGACGGGGCCCCAGCCGCCACAACUGCAGGGGACCAACACCAGAACCACCAUCAUGCAAGACCCCGUCCUUGAAACUAUCCUUGAGCAAAUGCGGGAGGCGGAGGCUCGCCGAUCAGAGUUGGAAAGGCAGCAUGUUGAGGCACAGGCUCAAUUACGUGACAAGUUGGCUGGUCGAUACCCAGGACCAGAGUCCGUUGAAGCUCUGCAAUCUAAGAUUAGAGAGCUUGAAAAAAAAACAGAGCUUCAAAUGGUGAGACAUGAAGAACUGUCUUUGGAAUUGACCAGCCUAAGACGAGCGCGCAGCAGAGGACCGGUGCCUAGCAAUAUGACGUCUUCAUCGAUUCCUAUGUCAACGUGGCCGCCUGUUGGUUCAGAGAUUGAUCGAAUCAUUGCCAAGAUUGAACAGGACAAUAGCUUAAGUAAAACCAGUGCCGGUAGGAUUUUGCACGAGUUGGAUCAUUCAAGGAGUAAUGUCACAACUCAACAGCCGUCUGGUUCCCAGAGUAUCUUACGUUCCAGUUCUGAAAAUCUUCCUAGUUUGGGACAACAUCAACAUCCUCCACAUCCACACGCACUAAACCUUGGCCUGCCAUCACAAGCAUCACAUUAUGCAGGCUCUCCAAUGCCAUUAACGCCAAUGAUGCCUGGCUGUCCACCCUUAACACCAAAUGGUCCACCUUACCACUACAGCGAGCCAAUUCCUCCUGCACCAUCUCUUUCAACGAGCCAAUCACAGCCUGCGUUUCAGCAAAAACUACAACAGUAUCAGCAGCAGCAACAGCAGCAGCAGCAGCAUGAACUAUCAAGCUCGCACUCUCAAGGAGCGCUACCAUCUCAACAAAAACAACAACAAGCCCACACGCACUUUUCUGGAAAUCAAUACCAAGAGAGCUAUCCACAUACGCAAACGUAUCAACAACCUAUGCAACAACAACAUCCUGUGUCUACUUCGUAUUUGACUUCUGCUACAGGAGGUCAGAAUAUUAUCCCACAUUACACACAACCAAGUCAGACAAAUCAAGGCUAUCAGCUCAAUGGAAACCAACAGGCAACAACGUAUCCAACGUUAUCGAUGGCUUCUCAUCACAAUGGCACCUACAGCUCUGUAGCAACAAGCUAUGGGUCACAAUUGAGUCAUCACAAUUAUUCUGGACCACAUACUAGUAUCCCCCAGACAACACUUUCAUCUCUUCCACCAUAUUCAACAACAACCCCCGCUUACCAUUCAACUUUGGGUGCUCUUACUAGUUCUUCACAGAAUAUGCUUCCAUUUUCAACUGGUCAAAGCACUUUUUCUACUGCUGGUUCCAAUUUCUCAACAGUCGGAACAAACGCAUAUGGCACAACGGGUGUUAAUACAGGACCUACUUCUGGUGGUUUACUACAAGCUAUCGGAGACCCUCUGCAAGCCAUGCAGCAGUUAUCAGCCCAGUCUCAAGCUAGCCAACUACAACAACAAGCCAUCAUACAUCAAAUUCAACAGAGCUUGCGCGCCAGUUCGCCUACAGCUACUGGAUCAACAGGUCACCAUAUUUUGGGACCGAGACAGAUGCCAAAAAUUCCAACAGGCAUUUUAUCAAAUCCAUUAGACCGUCUGACAAGCGAAAAUGUGGUUACCGAAGGUCAAGUUGACAUGUUGGAUAUUCCCGGGAAAGGAAGAUGCUAUGUUUACAUUGCACGGUUUAGCUACGAACCGUUCCAGCAUUCGCCUAAUGAAAACCCUGAAGCUGAAUUACCCGUCCAGGGUGGUGAUUACCUUUUAGUAUGGGGGCAACCAGAUGACGAUGGUUUUCUCGACGCAGAAACACUAGAUGGUCGGCGUGGCCUUGUGCCAGCUAAUUUUGUUCAAAAGUUAGUCGGGGAUGAUCUGUUAGAAUUUCAUCAAGCUGUUCUGGGACUCAGAGACGUCGAUGAUGCUGCUUCUACAAACAUACCACAAUGUUACCUACAGGACAUUGACUUGGAGUUAGCAGCGCUGGAAGAAGGGAAUCGUAAUCGGCAUGCAGAAUUAUCUGCAUAUGCAGAACUGGACAAUAUUGCUGAUGAGGAUGAACAAGAGCCUCCAGAAGUCUACCUGUUUUCGGACCUAGUACCGGCGCCACAACAUCUCACCCUUGAACGUCAGCUGAACAAGAGUGUGCUGAUUGGCUGGACUGCACCGCAGGAGAAUUCUCACCAUCUUGAGUCGUACCAUGUCUACGUAGAUGGAGUCCUGAAAGUCACUGUCAAAGCUACUGAGAGAACUAGAGCCCUAGUUGAAGGAGUUGAUUCCACAAGGCCUCACAGAAUAAGUGUUCGAUCAGUAACACACUCUCGGCGAACUUCACGGGACGCUGCUUGCACCAUGGUGAUUGGUAAGGACGUUGCAAUGGGACCCACUGCUGUUAAGGCUUCAAAUGUUACGGCUACAAGUGCAGUAAUCUCGUGGCUACCGAGUAAUAGUAAUCAUCAGCAUGUUGUUUGUGUCAACAAUGUUGAAGUCCGAACUGUGAAACCUGGAGUUUACCGUCACACAAUUACUGGCCUAGCACCAUCUACGAUAUACAGAGUAACAGUUAAGGCAAAGAACUUGAGGGCUACUCACUUUGAAGAUCAAAACACUCAAUCAGCUAAUGCAUUGGCUUGUCACGUCCACUUUAAGACUUUGCCCAAGGGUCUACCGGAUCCUCCGGUCGAUAUACAGGUGGAGGCAGGACCGCAGGACGGCACUUUGCUAGUGACCUGGCAGCCUGUUGCCCUAAACGGUUCGGCCGUCACCGGUUAUGCGGUUUACGCGGAUGGUAAAAAAGUGACAGACGUUGACAGCCCAACUGGAGAUCAUGCUCUAAUUGACAUACAUAAAUUAAUGGGCCUCAACCCAAAACACGUAACAGUGAGGACUAAAAGUAGAGAGAGUCAAUCUGGAGAUAGUUGUGCAACUGCAAUUCCAUGCAGUGUUCUUAGAGGGGGUCCUCAUUUACAUGGCUCCCAUGGAUCUGACCCUAAUCAGCAACAAAUAUCCAAUCAAGAAGAUCCCAAUCGCAGGAUGACAAACAUGAAUCAAAGAUAUCCAAGUGCGCCUGUACCUCCACAUAUGAGGCGGCAUGGUCCAACCAGAGUCGAUGCUCAUGGUCAAGUCGUUAUUGAGACUGACGAAAAUCUUUCUGAUAAAGAAAUAUAUCCAGGCCAGAGCAUACCUCAAAUAGGUGUACCAGAAAUCACGAAAGACUCAGCUAGUGAGGCAAACUACAGUGAGGAGGAAGAUCCAUCCAGAAGAGAUAGGAAUAUGGGUCCUCAUCACGGUCAUCAUCGGUAUAAUACUGCUGGAAUGCCUUCGGGACCCUCUCACAGAGGCAGUAGAUCCACCGCAGGUCCUAGGCCACAGGAUCCGUAUUAUGAUCAAUCAGUGGGGAACCAAAGAGGAAGAGGUCCAAUGUAUCCGGGUAGCCGCGGAGCACGUCAAGCCCAAAGUGGAGGUGCUGGUGGGCCCCAUCAUGCUCCUGGUGGGGCGCAACAGAUUAAUAAGCGAACAAGAUGGUUUGUCGCUUUGUUUGACUAUGAUCCAACUACGAUGUCACCGAACCCUGAUGCCUGUGAGGAAGAAUUGCCUUUCAAUGAAGGGGACACUAUAAAGGUAUAUGGAGAAAAAGAUGGUGAUGGAUUUUACUGGGGUGAGUGCCGAGGCAGAAGGGGCUUUGUACCUCAUAACAUGGUCGAAGAAUUGAAAGAUCAGGGUCAAGGUCAAGGAGUUGUCAAUCGGCGGACUGCCCUAGGUGGGGGCCAAGGUGACAGAUGGGGUGAUAUAUAUGCCAAUAUGCCUGUAAAGAAGAUGAUCGCUCUAUAUGAUUACGACCCACAAGAACUUUCACCCAAUGUUGACGCUGAGCAAGUGGAGUUGAGUUUUCAAACUGGAAAUGAAAUCUAUGUGUACGGUGAAAUGGACGACGAUGGGUUUUAUAUGGGUGAGCUAGAUGGAGUACGUGGACUAGUCCCAAGCAACUUUCUUACCGAAGCUCCUGGUCAGGGCCAAAAUCAAGGGCAAGGCCAACAACCCCCUGGAAAUAGACGAGCUCCUGGACAGGGUCAAGGUCCAGGUGCAAGAGGUCCACCACCUCCUCCUAGAGAACCUCCUCCUCCUGGACAUCGUCGCCCAAAAGAUGCGUCUGCCUGCAUUGUGCCUGUGUCUGUCCCUGUCUGUCACUUAGACUCUAGACAACAACAACAACAACCACCACUAAUGAACAACCAACAACAACAACAACAAAACAAUCCACCACCGCAUCUAGCCUAUCAACAAGCGAACAACCACAGCUACACGACUGUAACCACGUCUAAUCAGCACGGACCUAAUCACCCACCCCCUGGGGGUGUCAUGGGCUCCCAUAAUGCCCAUCAGGUGGGCCAGGGCUCUGUCCCGCCUCACCUCCAGUCACAGGGGAGGGGGAGAGGCGGGGUCAAUCGGGGCGCUGGUAAUAAUGCAACGGGGGUCCUUCAAGGUCCUCCUCCACAUCUGCAGCAAAACGAAUACCCAACACAACAGCAGCAACAUCAACAACAGCAGCAGCAACAACAACAAGGACCCAGUCAACAGUAUUCACAACAAAAUCAGCAGAAUCAAGGCUAUAAUCAACCAAAUCAUGGGUAUCAACAGCAAAAUCAAGGGUACAAUCAACAAAACCAAAACUUUAAUCCACAGAACCAACAGUUUCCACAACCAAAUCAAGGAUACCAACAAAAUCAGGGAUAUGGACAACCGAACCAACAGUAUUCGCAACAAAACCAGGGCUCGUCGAUUUCGGGACCUCAAGGCACGAACAAACCUAUGCGAGGGAUACCAACAGUUUUACCUACUGCCCAAAGUAAGACCCAAGCUGAUGCUCAAGCUCAACAACCAGCCCCAGCCGCCGGACCAAAUCUGAUGCAGAAAUUUACAGAAAUGGCAGGGGCUAGUGCUGGUGGAGACAUUCUGUCGAAAGGCAAAGAACUCAUCUUUAUGAAGUUUGGGUUAGGGAAGUGAACUUUCUUAGUUGUUAUUCAAUUAAUUUAUUUUGAUUGUUACAUUACACUGGUAAGAAUUUUAAACUACCAUCAGGAUCUUUGAUGAAAUUGCUGGAUUGAUUCCUGGAAAUUAAUAUUUGAAACCAAGCGGUGUUUUUAUUAGAAAAACCAUCCAGUUUCAAAUUCUAGAACGCAUUUGAGUGAAACAUUCUCCCACCUUACAGUUCUAUCGUGGCUUUAACUGUGUUCAAAAAGCCAACAAUUCAAAGGUGAUUAUUCAAAAUAAUCACUAUUAGGAAAAGUAGAAUUUCAAUGACCUGAAAAAAAAACACUGCAUAUCCCUGCAACUGGUGGUCUAAAUAAAAUAUGAGAACUUUUACAAAUGAUAUCAUUCAUCAUGAGUUAAGUUCAAAGUAGAGUUCUGCAGUAUUUUGAACAAAACAUAAAAAUGCUCUUCAUGUUUAGCAUUUGAGUAUGUAUAAAAUUGCAGGCUAAAGUGAAUAUCUUACUGAUUCAGUAAGGAUGUUAAUUUUGGUCAUCUCAUACACUCUGAAAAAGUUCCCAGAUCCUAAGUACAUUUGAAUAAUCAGCUUCAACAGUUAUGAACUUUAGAAGAAUUCAGCAAUUUCAAGUGGAUAACUUGCUGACAACUACAAGGGUAAUGCAAGUCUACAUGUUUGGUAAACCAGUUUGGUUCACAUUCAUUGUACGUAUUUCAAAAUCACAUGAUUGAAGUUACUUGCUUCUGUAUCAUUUAAUGUAGCCUCGCGUUAAUUUUUCAUGGUGUACUAGGAGAAGGCGUAGAAUUUUGUUUAGCAAUGUUCGCAGAGCGAUAAAUUAAAGUGAUAUAAAUGAAAUUGUAUGGAAUAAGCAAACGGCCGGCGCUUACGUAGUUUGGGAUAGGAUAGGUAUAGAUGGAUGGACAAAUCCGUUGUCCAGAGUCGCGCGGGGGUGGGCGUGCCUUGAGAUGCCUCACUCUGACACAAACAAUAAUCAUAUCUAUAAAUAAUAAAAUUAAUAAUUAAUUUCUUAAGUAAUUAUAACUAAAUACAGUGCGACUGCAGGAAAAUGGUCCUAGCUUUUUGAAAAUCUUGAAUCUUGUUAAAUAAAUUCUAGAGAUCUGAAUACAACUAGAAGAAAAAUAAAUAAAUAAAGAAAUCUCAUCGAUAUGCAAUUUGUGUACAAAUUUAUAGAUUGUACUUCAAACAUGACAUCUGAUUGUCGGGCAUUAUGCGUAUUCAUUCAUAAUUCUCAUGCAAUCGUAUUAACUAUAAAAUAUCUGGGCUCUACAAAAGUGUUAUCAACACUUGGAUGUUUUAUGGAUAAUGUGACCAAAUUUAUUUAUUAAGAUGCUAAAUUUUCUGACUAGAAACCUUUUUAUGUCCCACUGAUAAUGAAGUUAGCUUGCUGUCGCAUUCAGCAGUUCUGUGGAUAGAAGAUGUUUAUCCAUCCACGAUUUGCCAGCUAUUAAUUAAAUCAAUUAAUGAUCAAUCCCAAAAAAUGCAUACCAAUUAUAUUAUAAUUAAUGAAUUAAAUAAUAUUAUUACUGAUCAAUGAAUAAUAAUAUUAAUGAAAUAAUGGAAACGAUUACACGUGCAUAUACAUAAUAAUAUAUUAUAUUUAACUAUCGCAAAUUGUUGUUACAUCGCUACUUGUGUGUAUUUUGUACAAAGUAUCCGAUUUUUAUUUAAUUUUUUUGCCAAAAAGUGAAUGAAUUAAAAGAAAAAAAGGAGAAUGAAUUUAACUUGUAAUGUAAUAUUAUAAUAUUAUUAUUAAUUACAUCUAAAAUGAUUAUUACUACAAAUUAUUGACGGUUCCAGAUCCAUGGCCGCUAUGCACGUGGCGCGAUGCUCGAAAAAGAUUUUAUUGUCAAAAUAGAGUAGUGACAAAAUAUUAACAUUUCUUUUGUCUUCGAAUACGAACCCAUCUUUGCUCCACACUGUGAUAUCAGCUAGAUUUCAUAAUGGAAAUUAUCCUCAAAAUUACCACUUUUCUGCUAUACAAAUGAGUUACCGUUGGAAAAGAUGUUGUUGGUCGAAUCUAAGGAUUUCAGUUUGCCACUACUCUAAACAAGAUCGAGCCCAGAGCUUUCCCAGUGGUUUGCUCUCAACUAUGAUGAGAAACUUGGGUUUUUAGUGUGAAUACAUAGGUCAAAUAUUCUUUCAUUCGUUGUAACCAUUUCUCUUUCAAGCAAGGAUCUAAGUACAAGAUUCAGACACAACGGAACACUCAAAUUACUUACUAAUUCAGAACUACUGAACCUACUAUAAUUGGAUGAUCCCCUCAGAUAUACAGUAUUACUUAUAAGCUAAAUUUGGUUGAAUCAGAGGAUCAGAAAACAUCUAGCUCUUUACUUCCAAAAUUCAUUUGAUACCCAGGUCAAUUUAAUUUUGUCAGAAUUUAGCAGGAGUACUUCUGAGACAGAAAUUGCCCAAUUAUAUUCGGUAUCGAGUAGUCGGGUCAAUGUUACUGAGAAUUUUUACUGGCACACUUGGAACCUUUUCAAAGUGAUAUAUUUUCUACUUCAUGACUUAAUUUUUAUUCCCACUUCGAUGAUCCAGUUGUCUGAUUUGUACCAAAUGUAGCAUCAAUAGUCAAUGGCUGGUGUAUUGUAAGAUAUUGAGAAAGGUGACAAGCAGUAUGAACUAUAUUCUUUCGACUCCCAAGAGUUCCGAUUUGAAUGAACAGGUGCUUAAUUUAAAAAUAGAAAUGAAACGUGUCUCAGAAUUGAAUGCGACGUCCAAUGAUUUUACAUUUAUUUUGACAAAAAUAUGAUUCAUAUCAUGAAUAGACUUCUUCUAAAAGUACCACUUACAAUCCUUAGAUUCUCUGUAGAAUUCGAAUACGUAAUAUUAGUUACCAUUCUCUAGUAUUAACACUAAAAACUAUAGAAAGCUAUAGCAUUUUAUUUUAAACGAGUAUGCCAAUGCUAACUAAGUUUGAUAUUUGACCUUGCGCUUAGUUUUCUAUGGAUCAAAAAAUAAUUGAAUCCUUGUUAGCCAAAUGGAAAAUGAAAAAUAACAAAAACUGCAAUGUUAUUGUAAACAGUAACUUAAUAAAAAAAAACUUGUUUGUUGUUACCUACGUGACACUUUAUGUAUGUAUAUGUCAUGCUUACAUUCAGAUCACUGAUUUGAGGAACAAAUUUUAUGGCAGAAAUCAUCUAUUAAAUUUUUAAUUUAACAAAAAAAAGAUAUAAAAUUGUUAAGAAUGCGAAUGUUGUGAUUUGUUACAGGGCUGAAUUAUAUCGGUGCAGUGCAAUCAAUCAAUUAUACAAAAUAGACUCUGGGUCUUAUUGUUAAAUACUAAAAUUGUUUCAAGGAAAGUUGUUUAUUGAUAAAACUAGAGUAAAAUCCAGUGUAAACUAUUUCGUGCACCAUCAGGUAACAGCUAAGAACCAUUAAAAUUGAUUAGCUGCAUUACACCAUACAUCUAAACCCUUUAGACCUUUAGUAUUUUAAUCGUGACAUUAUCUUUGCGUCUUGUUUGAUUGCAAGUUCAUAAGCGAGAAUUUCCUGUUCUGUAAUAGCACAAUGAAAAAUUGGAUUCAUUUGUUAGAAUCUUUAAUGACAAUGGCAAAGGACAAUACAAUAAGGUUUCUGUUGAUUUUCAAUCUUUGCUAUGAUUGACCUAGAAUGUAUAUUAAGCGAGAGUUGAGUUACAAAAAAAAACUGAAAAUACGAUCAAACAAUAAUAAAAUAAGUUACUAUA